GCGAGGGGCCCCGAGAGUUGUGAGUAAGAGGGAGGGAUCGCGGGUCUCUGGGGGGAGGGCGUGUAGGUCACCGGCAAUGCUAAGAGCAUCCAUCAGCUCAAGAUUGUUCGCUCUGGUCUGCUCCUGUGUGGACUAGCGUGUACCACUGGGGCCAAGAAGGGGCUGCGCUCCCUCGCGGUGAGGUUCCGUCUGACCCGCGCCCCCGAAGGCGACGGAGAGCUACGACGGGGCUGGGGGCGAUCCGUCGGCGUGCAAGGACACCAUCCACGUCUUCAGCGUGGCCUCGGGGCACCGGUACGAGCGGCUGCUGCGCAUCAUGAUCACGUCGGUGCGGGAGCACACGAAGUGCCCCCUGCGGCUCUGGCUGGUGGAGAACUUCCUGAGCCCCAGUUUCCGGAGGGUGCUGCCGGCGGUGGCCAAGGAGGUGGGCUUCGCGGUGAGCCAGGUGACGUACAAAUGGCCCGAGUGGCUCAGGGCGCAGACGCAGAAGCAGCGCGUCAUCUGGGCCUACAAGAUCCUCUUCCUGGACGUCUUCUUCCCGUCCCAGGUGAAGCGCGUGAUGUUCAUCGACGCUGAUCAGAUCGUCCGCGCCGACGUGAAGGAGGUGUACGACACCAACAUGGACGGGCACGUCUACGGCUUCGUACCCUUCUGCGGCUCGGGGCCCAAGACCAGCUCCCUGCUCGGCUGGAGCCAGGAGGACCUGCGCAACCCGGACACCAACGGCUUCCGCUUCUGGGAACAGGGCUACUGGUCGAACCACUUGGGGCCGGACAGGUAUUAUCACAUCUCGGCGCUCUUUGUGGUGGACCUGGAGCUCUUCCGCCAGCGCGGCGCUGGGGACAUCCUGCGGGGCACGUACCAGUCGCUCACCGCGGACCCCAACAGCCUGGCGAACUUGGACCAGGACCUGCCGAAUUUCGUCCAGGGCCAGCUCCCGAUCUUCACCCUGCCGCAGGACAGCGCAAGCCCCGGCCGACGCCGAGCGCGCUGCAGAGGCCGAGCGAGCGGCGCCCGCCCAGGCAGAAGGCCGACGCUCGGCGCCAGCGCCGUGCAGAGGUCGACAGGAGUGGCUCUGGUGCGAGACGUGGUGCAGCGAGGCCUCGAAGGCGCGGGCGAAGACGAUCGACAUGUGCCAGAACCCGCUCAAGAAGGAGGGCAAGAUCGCGGGGGCCCGACGCAUCGCUCCCGAGUGGGACACUUACGACAAGCGGAUCGAGGCCGUCCUGCAGAGGAUGAACGCGAGCGCGUGAGCUCGGAGGGCCGGCCGGGCCACCAGCGCGGGCGUCGGCGGCGCCGCGCCGACGGGCGGCAACCCACAGACUCGGCCGCGCAAGGGCGCGCAGAGCAGUAGAAGGAGGAGGAUGACUCUUGGCCUCCAAAGGCCAAACGCUUUUACAUCAGCUUCUCGCACAUCCUUAUCCGCAGUGGCGGAAUUUGUUUGUCAAG